GACGGCUCCGGGUGCUGGCAGGGGGCGCCCAGUCGCGCGGGUAUGGCCGAGCUAGGAAGCCGGAGCCCGAGAUUAGGGCCCGCAGCCUCGGAAGCCAUGGCCCGACGGCAGCUCUUCCGCGCGCUCGUGUCCGCACAGUGGGUGGCGGAGGCGCUGCAGGCCCCCGGUGCCAAUGCCAAGCAGCCGCUGCGGCUGCUCGACGCCUCCUGGUACCUGCCGGCGCUGGGGCGCAGCGCGCGCCGCGAGUUCGAGGAGCGCCACAUCCCGGGCGCCGCCUUCUUCGACAUCGACCAGUGCAGCGACCUCACGUCGCCCUAUGACCACAUGAUGCCGCCCGCCAAGCACUUCGCCGACUACGUGGGCAGCCUGGGCGUGGGCCCCGCCACGCACGUGGUGGUCUACGACGCCAGCGACCAGGGCCUGUACUCCGCGCCGCGCGUCUGGUGGAUGUUCCGCGUGUUCGGCCAUCGCGAGGUGUCGCUGCUCAACGGCGGCCUCCGCAACUGGCUGCGCCUGGGCCUCCCGCUGAGCGCCGGCAAGAGCUGCCCGGCGCCCGCCGAGUUCCACGCCAAGCCGGACCCCGCCUUUAUCAAGACGUUCCAGGACGUCCAGGAGAACCUGCAGUCCAAGCACUUCCAGGUGGUGGAUGCCCGCCCCCGCGGCCGUUUCCGGGGCGUGGACCCCGAGCCCAGAGAGGGCAUCGAGCCAGGUCACAUGCCCGGCGCCAUCAACAUCCCCUUCACGGACUUCAUGACCCAGGAGGGCCUGGAGAAGACCCCCGAGGAGCUCCACCGUCUGUUCCAGGACAAGAAGGUGGACCUGACACGGCCCCUGGUGGCUACGUGCGGCUCCGGGGUCACCGCCUGCCACGUGGCUCUGGGGGCCUACCUCUGCGGCAAGCCGGACGUGGCCAUCUACGACGGCUCCUGGGCAGAGUGGUUCAUGCGGGCGAGUCCGGAGAACGUCAUCUCAGAGGGCCGCGGCAAGACCGAGUGAGGCAGCAGGACAUGCCCCUACGAGCCGGGCCCGCCCGGGUGCUGACUUGCCUCGCGACGCAGCUGGGGUAUGAGGUGACUUCCCAGAGGCCGGGAGUUUUGUGGACGCGUAGGCUCCAGGGAGGCUGUGCAGAUGGCCGGCCGGGAGCCGGGGAGCUGCCCACGUGGUGCUGAGUUAGGGCCUUCCCUCCCGCCUGCUUUGGUGUUGAGGAAAUAAACAGCCAAGUGCUAAA